AUGUCUUCUCCAAUAGCCCAACCAAUUACGUUCGGGAAUGGCCUGACGCUGCCAAAUCGAUUAGCAAAGUCUGCCAUGGCCGAGAAUCUAGCAGAUAAAGACCUUCUACCCACAAAUGACGUUUACUCUGCCUACAAGGCUUGGGCGGAGGGUGGUUGGGGGCUGAUCAUCACAGGAAACGUGCAGGUUGAUCCUCGUUAUCUAGGACAACCUGGAGAUAUAGCCUAUAAUAACUUGAUAAGCAGGACUCGUCUGCUUGACAGCUGGAAGAAGUGGGCAUCAACAUGUAGAGUUGCUGGGACACCAACUGUGAUGCAGAUAAGCCAUCCAGGCAGGCAGUCCCCGGCCGGAGCAGGCAAAAGGGGUCUCUUUGAGAAGGCUUUAGCACCCAGCGCAAUACCAUUGCGUCUCGGCAAGGGUCUAUUCGCUGCUGUGAUUUCCAAGCUACUUUUCGGCACGCCAAAGGCCAUGACAGUCGAGGAGAUUCUUCAUGUGCGAGAUUGCUUCGUCGAAACAGCAGUGCUUGCAUCCGAGGCUGGGUUCGAUGGAAUCGAGCUUCACGGAGCUCACGGUUAUCUUCUUUCCCAGUUCCUGACUGCCAAGACUAACCAGCGAGUCGAUGAAUAUGGAGGAACGCCCAAGGCUCGGGCUAAGAUUGUCGUUGAUAUCAUCAAGGCUAUCCGAGACGCUGUACCGAAAAGCUUCACAGUUGGUAUCAAGUUUAACUCUGUCGAUCAUCAGUCGUCCAUUGCCUUGGAAGAGUGUCUUGAACAGCUCCGACUGAUCACCGAUGCUGGAAUCGAUUUCCUGGAAAUCAGUGGCGGUAGUUAUGAAGAGCCAAUUGGAAUUUUAGACCCUGACCAAAUCACGCGGGUGAAAAAAGAAAGUACAGCGGCCAGAGAAGCAUUUUUUCUCGACUUUGCGAAAGCGAUCCGAAACGAGUUCCCAGAUCUACCGCUGCUCGUCACGGGUGGAUUCCGAAGUCGAAAGGUAAUCGAAGACGCUCUGCUAAGCAACGCCCUGGAUAUUGUCGGACUGGCCCGACCAGCAGUGUUGAAUGCUUCUGCGCCCUCGAGCACGCUACUAGAUAUGAGCAAAGGGGAUGAUGAGGCACGAGCCAUUGCUGUUUCUGUUCCGACACCUUGGUUGUUGAAGAAGAUUGGCAACUAUAUCAUUGGAGCUGGCUACGAAACGGCAUGGUAUGGGAAGAAGAUCAAGACGUUGGGGAGAGUGAGAAGACAAGGAUACACAUCCAAUGUUUGA